CACCUAAUCAUGGACCCCCGUACCAGUGCCCAGGACGUGAUGCGAUGUGACCUGUGUGAGACCGCUGUAGUACAGAUGCACUGUGAUACAUGUCUUGUCAACCUGUGUACAGCUUGUGUAGGAGAACACAUGAUAUCUGAUGAAUCCAAGGAUCACAUUGUCGUUAAAAUUCAGUCAGGAAAUCCACCCCCCUCUACCCUGAAUGUAAAUCUCAUGUCAAACAACAAUGUACAAUGUACUGUAAUCAAUGUGACAUGCCUGUCUGUACUAAAUGCAUUGCAUCUGAUCAACAUCUUGGUCAUAAGUUAUCAGAAAUCUUAGAAAUUGUGAAUGAGAUAAAGGAUAAAUUCAUGAAAGAACAUAUUGAAUUGAAAGAGACAAUUUACCCCACCUACCAGGACAUUGCCGCUGAUGUACAAAACAGAACGAGUCAGUUGGAAAAGGAAUUUGGAGAUCUCUCAACAGCCAUAACAAAACAUGGAGAGAAUUGGCACAGAGAAAUUGACAAACUUGUCAAGAAACUUAAAGCUGAAGUUGAUGAGAUGAAAAAACACACAAUUACAAACUCUACAGAAACAUCUGUAUGAAAUAAACAAGACAAUGUCUGACAUCAAGGAUGAAAUCAAUUCACUUGAAAUAGCUACAGACACAAAUAACUUGUCAAAACUAUUGAGUGGCGCAUCGUUGACCAGUGUAAUUAAUACAUACAGAAAUCUUCCACAAAAACUUGAACCAAUCUUACCUAAAUUCAUUCCAGGAAAAAUCCAAGAACUUAGCAAACUGUUUGGCGCCUUAUCAUCAAGUUCUUUAUCAUCAGAUAAACACGGCUACAGCAUGAAGACACCACAGAAAUCACCAGAAGCUGGAUCCUCUCCUCCAGUCAAACAGCUGCUUGAUGAACCAGAGACUGUCACCACAAUAGACACUAGGUAUGGAAAACUUUACAAAGUAGCCUGUCUGAGUGAUGAAGAAAUCUGGACAAGUGCAACUAACAACACCAUGAAACUCUACAGCAUCAAUCAGGGAUCACUACACCAGUCAAUCACAACCAAGUCAGGUAACAUGCCAGAUGAUAUUACAGUGACAAAAAGUGGAGAUCUAGUUUAUACCGAUAAUGAUGUUAGAACUGUGAACAUUGUGAAGAAUGAAAAGAUAGAGGAGGUGAUCAGACUACAGAACUGGAGACCUUGGGGUGUCUGUAGUACCUCCUCUGGUGACCUCCUGGUUAUCAUGGAAAGUGAUGAUGACGAACAAACAAAAGUUGUCUGUUACUCUGGCUCCAGAGAGAAACAAACCAUUCAGUUUGAUGAUAAAGGUAAAUCUCUCUAUUCAUCUGGUAAUUAUUACAGAUACAUAACUGAGAAGAGGAACCUGGAUAUCUGUGUGUCUGAUGAGGGAGCUAAAGCAGUAGUGGUGGUCAAUCAGGCCGGGAAACCGAGAUUCAGGUACACUGGACAUACUCCUGCUCCAAAAAACAAACCAUUCAGUCCACGAGGAAUUACCACAGACAGUCAGAGUCACAUCCUUACAGCUGAUGUUAACAAUCACUGUGUCCACAUCAUAGACCAGGAUGGACAGUUCCUCCGUUAUAUAGUCUGUGGACUGAGUUUACCCUGGGGACUGUGGACAGAUAGAAAUGACAAUCUGUUUGUUGCUCAGUAUAUAAACAGAAAAGUGAAGAAAAUCAAAUAUCUGAAGUGAAAUACAUCGCUGUGUAGCACAUAAUCACCAUAUACAUAAUCAUAAAUAAGCAAAUGCAUGCAAUAUUUCUGAUGUUUUAACAUACUGAAGAAUGGACCCUUAACUGCACAUGUAUUUUCUUUUUAUCUAUCUAUAAGACUUAUUACUUGUACAUAUCAUACAAGACACAAGUAAAUGUGUAUUUGCUUUUGAGUCUUAUUUUCACUACAGCCAGAUUUAUUUCUGUAAAGUCUAAUAUAUUAUUACGUAAAACCAUGAAAUAAUGUGUAAGUAAGAUGACAAACCAGUUAACUGAGUAUUAUGAGUAUAUUAUGAGUUUCCACAUACUUUCCAAUAGAUAAUUAUGUCACAAUAUGGUAAAAUGGUGUAAUACAUGUACACUGUAAAACAUUUCAUCAGGCUUUCUGUACAUGUACACUUUUUCAUUUGAAAAAUAUUUAGCGACAUUCAAAAUGUUUUAAUUGUCAAAAAUUUGAAAAGCAUCUGCAAUGCAAAUUUCUUCAA